CCAACUGAGCCACCCGGCUGGCCCCAUAAUCUCACUUCUUUAGUGGAUUUCUUAAAGAUGGCAGCUACCAUGAAUUCAGCAAAAGCAGAAGACAAGCCAGAUUCCAGCUCUCCCGUGUAGCCAGAGUAUAGGGGAAGGAGUCAGGAACUCUGGCUCCAAGUCCUAACUUUGUGCACUCUGAGUUGAACAAGUCCCUUAACCUCUCUUGGGCCAAAUUUGUCCAGCUGUAGAAGGUCUAGCACAUGGAGUUAGGUCUACUGGAUCCUCAGAAGUCUCUGUGACACCUAGACCCAACUUUCUUAAAAUGGAAGCAUCUCAUGAGAGACCUCUCUGCCCUGGUGUUUUGGGGCCUAACACAAAAGCAAAGGGGCACUGCCACCUCCUCCACCAAAAUUCCCUCAAGACUGAAGGGUGUUGGAGCAAAGGAGCGGUUGAAGCAGCAGGACCUGACCCACCCAACCCCUGUUCCUGGGUAGAGAUGUCCUAGGAGGUGAUGUCUGCCAAUCUCUCUCAUCAGGGCAGGACUGGAAGUCAAUAGGGGUGAGAAGGUGUUUGGCAUCAACACCAAGAAGCCUCAUCCUCCACCCAAGUCGCUGCAGCUUCUCGAGAUCAGGGCUGGAGGAGCAGUUAGAGACCAAUUAUUCUCACAGGGAGAGAAAGGAGCCAGGAGGAACUCACCUAAGGCCCACAGCUAGUCUGUGGCAGAGAGGCUGAAAUCCAAGCCUUCUUCCCAUGGGGAAAACGAGUUCUUAGCCUUAUGCAGACAGGUAUCUCAGGAGACUCAAUGCUUCAUUCCCUUGAUUCAGGCAUCAAGGUGAACGGAUUCAGCAUUAAAAGGUAGGUACUUUUAAAUAAUUUUCAAAUGAUCAAAUGUCAAAGUAAAGAAAAAGCCAGGUCUGGAAUGAAAGGAUGAGGGAGAGACAAUAUUGAUGAGAACUGGACUAAGCCAGGGAGGGAAAGAGCUGGCCGGCUCACAUUCCCAUGGCUCCUGGAGACACUGCGUUUUCCUAGCAGGGUCGCGAAGGAUGCACUGAGGGCCAGGAGUGGGGCAUUGAGCCCAGGUUAGAGGAGAUGGGGGCGGGAGGCGGGGGUAGCCUCUCUGCACCGUCUCGCAAUGCAGCCGCCGGGGCCUGCAUGUUGAGCCCCUACCUGGGAGCCCCAAAGGCUGGUCUGGGUGGGGCCCGCAGAAGCCAGCCUCCCUCUGUGGUGGGGUUCUGGCUGGCCCUUAUCUCUCCUUGGCGCAGACGCUAUGGGAACUCCGGGAGCCUCACAUCCCGCGGAGGCGGGGUUGCUGAGCUGGCCGAGUCCGCUAGAAUCCGGCCGGGCGGGGGACAGAGAGUGGGGGGGGAGCCUCGAUCUGAGAUGGCUCCUCUCUGGCCCCUGGAUCCUGCACACCCCGCCUGGGGCUCAUUACCCCACCUGUAAAAGUAGGGCGUGUUUGUGGUGAUCAUAGGAGGCCCUGCCAUUUGAAGUCCAGGGCCGUAGCAGGAAGAUCUGUGCCGUAGGGGACCCAGGCGCGUGGAAGGCUAGCGGAAAAAGGGAAACCCCGCGGCUCUCCGCACCCGGGAGACCGGUGCAGCCCGGCGAGGGCGGAGGCGGCGCGCUGGGGUCCGCCGGCUGGCUACUGGCAGGAGAUAACCCUCCAGCCCCACCUCGUGGCGGGAGGAAACGCCGGGAGCCUGCCCAGAGGGGACCUGGGGAUUCCAGACUUCCCAACGAUCAGGAAUGGAGAACCACGCCGGCAAAUAUUUAUGAAGGGAGCAGCUAGGAACACCAGCUCUUGGCGAACUCAUGUAAUAGUAAUAACAUAAUGGCAGCUAGCAUUUAUUGAACAUGUGCUACCAGCCAAACACAGUACUUAACAUCCUCUAGUCAUUUUGUCAUUUAGAGUCUUAAUAAUCUUUGAAGCAGGUACUAUUAUUCCCAUCUCACAGAUGAGAAAACUGAGGUUUAGAGAGAAUGAGCAGCCUGUCCAAGUCCACACUUAAUGGAGAGAGCUGAAUCACCACAGCCCCCAACAUUUUACAACUAGAGACUUGAGAAUGUGGAGGGACAGUCCCAGUUUGCUGUGAAACUGAAGUAAUCAGGGCUUCAGCGGCCCUCCACCCCGCAAUGUAUGGCUAACUGCUGUGUUCCUGCUCCAGUGAGUGGCUUCCACCUCUCCCUCUAUUUUAAAGAAUAGUAUCUGUGGCCACAAAAGUCUGAAGCCAAAGGACAGAGCUUUGCUUCUCUGAUGCCCAGGAUCCUUGGCAGAAAAAGGCUCUAAGAAUUAGAGACUGGGGAAAACUGAGCAGUUAGGAACUUCCUAGAAGGGUGGAAACUGUCCUAAGUUACAGAAGGCUUGGGUUCCAGGCCUUGCUCUACUUCUAACUGGUUAUGUGAUCUUGGGCAAGUCCCGUCUCUUCUCUGGGCUUCAGUUUCCUUCUUGUACAAUGGAAGGAUUCUUCUAGAUGAUCUAAUAAUCCCUUUCCUUUCCCCCAGCCUCCCCUUAUCCCUCCCUGUGCUACCUGCACCCAAACUGGCUCUGCAUUCCCGGAACAGCCUUGAACUGAGGUUUAAAGGUCCCAGGUAGGAGUCACAACCCAUUUCUGAGUUUCCUCCUGAGCUCUGGACCCUGCGCAUUAGGUCCUGGUAGGGUAUCUGACCUUGGCAGGUUGGAGCCAUCAGAGGGGAGAAUGGCCCUGUGCUUCUGAGACAGGCCUGGGGUGGGGGGGCUGCAUUGUGAUGACCUCACCCACUCUAUGACAUCACCCUCUCUCCUACCCCCACUCCUCCCUGAUCAACUGCUCUGCAAACAACCAUCAGUCUGAAUCCCAAAGGCCUGAGAAAGCUGUUCUCCAGUACUUGAUGCUGAUAUUUGACUCAGCCAGCAAGAAACACCAUGAAAUUGGAAUUCACCGAGAAAAACUACAACAGCUUUGUGCUACAGAACCUGAACAAACAGAGGAAACGCAAAGAGUACUGGGACAUGGCCCUGACUGUGGACCACCAUGUCUUCUUUGCACAUCGCAACGUGCUGGCUGCUGUCUCUCCACUGGUGAAAAGCCUCAUCUCCAGUAACGACAUGAAGACCACUGAUGAGCUCUUUAUCACCAUUGACCCCAACUACCUGAGUCCAGCCACGGUGGACCAGCUCCUGGACUACUUCUACAGUGGCAAGGUGGUUAUCUCAGAGCAGAAUGUGGAGGAACUCCUUCGUGGGGCCCAGUAUUUCAACACACCACGCCUUAGAAUCCACUGCAGUGACUUCCUGAUUAAGUCCAUCCGCCGUGCCAACUGCUUGCGCUAUCUCUUCUUGUCAGAGUUGUUUGAGCUCAAAGAGGUAUCAGACUUGGCCUACUCUGGCAUUCGUGACAACUUCCACUACUGGGCCAGUCCUGAGGGCUCCAUGUACUUCAUGCGCUGUCCACCCAUCAUUUUUGGCCGCCUGCUCCGAGAUGAAAACUUGCAUGUGCUCAACGAGGACCAGGCUCUCAGUGCACUCAUCAAUUGGGUGUACUUCCGGAAGGAAGAGAGGGAAAAAUAUGUCAAAAAGUUCUUCAGUUAUAUCAAUCUUAAUGCCGUCUCCAACAAGACACUGAUGUUUGCCAGCAACAAGUUGAUGGGCAUCGAUAACAGCUCAGUCCAUGCAGCCCUGAUUGAGAGUGUCCUUGCGGACCGCAAGCAGGAGAAGCCAUGCAGCCUGCUGAGCUACCAGCGGAAAGGGGCCCUGCUUGAUUCAGUGGUCAUCCUAGGUGGCCAGAAGGCCCACGGCAAGUUCAACGAUGGCGUGUUUGCCUAUAUCAUACAGGAGAACCUGUGGUUGAAGCUCUCAGAGAUGCCCUAUCGGGCAGCAGCACUUAGUGCCACCUCUGUUGGUCGUUACAUCUACAUCUCUGGUGGCACCACUGAGCAGAUUUCAGGGCUGAAGACGGCUUGGCGGUAUGACAUGGAUGAAAACUCCUGGACCAAGUUGCCUGACCUGCCAAUUGGGCUUGUCUUCCACACCAUGGUGACCUGCGGGGGGACAGUGUACUCAGUGGGUGGGAGCAUUGCCCCAAGGCGGUAUGUCUCUAACAUCUAUCGCUAUGAUGAGCGCAAGGAGGCCUGGUGCCUGGCAGGGAAGAUGAGCAUCCCUAUGGAUGGCACAGCUGUGAUCACAAAGGGUGACCGGAACCUGUACAUUGUCACUGGGCGGUGCUUGGUGAAGGGCUACAUUUCCCGGGUCGGGGUGGUGGACUGCUUUGACACCAACACUGGGGACAUGGUCCAGUGUAUCACUUUCCCCAUUGAGUUCAACCACCGGCCCCUGCUGUCUUUCCAUCAGGACAUCCUCUGCGUGCACAGCCACCGGCAAAGCGUGGAAAUCAACUUGCAGAAGAUCAAGGCCAGCAAGACAACUGCCUCAGUGCCUCUCUUGCCCAACAACUGCCCCUUGGAUGUGUCCCAUGCCAUAUGCUCCAUUGGAGACAGCAGAGUGUUUGUAUGUGGGGGUGUCACCACAACCAGUGAUGUCCAGACAAAGGACUACACCAUCAAUCCAAAUGCCUACUUGCUGGACCAAAAGACAGGCGAAUGGAAGACCCUGGCCCCUCCACCAGAGGCACUGGACUGUCCUGCCUGCUGUCUAGCCAAGCUUCCUUGCAAGAUUCUUCAAAGGAUUUAAACAACUUUCUAAGUGGGGGAAUACGUAAAUGCAUUAUUAUUCACAAUUUAAAGAGAGAGAGAAAGGAA